CCGACGCGACGUUCUACCUCAAUUCUACUGGCCUCCCCCAGCCUCUUUCAGCAGACAACCUAUUUCCCACAUUCACUACACGCGCCCAACAAGUCAAGGAUAUUGGUACAGAAGCCGCUGUGUAUCUUUUAACCCAGGACCCCGCCUCUGAGGCCAGUACGCUUUCCGUCGACGUGAAGAAGGAGAAACCCCUUCAGGAAACACAGUUCCCCGCGGCCUUCGCUCCUCUCGCUCUCGGGCAUGUCGGCUACGUCGGUACUGUCAAUGGCGGGCCAAAAGCGACACAACUGUUGCUGGAGAUGUGUGGGGUGACAGUGAUCUCGGCAAAAAUUGGCCCAGAGACCUCCAGAGGCGCAUAUAACCACCCAGAUGACUUGAACUUCGAGGGCCUGGAGCUUCUGCAUCGCAAAACCAACCUUAUUGGUUUCCCGCUUCCCUCAGAAGGUUCUCCGCAACUCAACGCUGAGCCAGGGCCAUCGGGGACUACACAAACGAAGCCCAGCGUUAACGCCCCUCCAAAAGUACUUCCCACGGUCAUCAUCCUUCAGCUGGCACAUUCGCCGGUCCCCCUACGCAGAACUCAUACUCAGCUGGUGAAGGGCUUAGAGAAGAAUUCAGUCCUUCGAAUGGUUGCAAGCGGCGCUAAACUACUCAGACAUCUGCGCACAUCUCCUCCACCUCAAGCAGUUCUCGUUGCGGACAACGUAAUCUGCCAACCCGCCCACGCCGAAGUCCUCACCAAGCUCAUCGCAUACGCACGGUCUGGCGGAAGGGUCGUUUUGGGGGCGUGUUUCUGCCUCAACUUGGAUUACGCCCAUCUGACACCGUUCUUCCGCCGUUGGGGCGUUCCUUGGGACGUCAGUUUUCCGGAUCCCAUUGAGAAGACGUACGCUCUCAAUCCCACUGGCGUUCCCGCCCCGCUGUCUUCUGCUGCUCUAUUUCCCAUGUUCGUCGCGGCCACGCAUCUCUUCUCCACCUCUCGCCCGGAGCACGUGGUAUACGGCCGACUCACCCCUCGCGCUCGCGAUCAAAGCCGAGGACCGCUGUACGAUAUCGCAUUGGACACCUUCGCAGCCGGCUGGGCGCCGGUCGGACAAGGGUUUCUGGGCUUUGUGGGAGAUGUCGACUGGGAACAGGCCCUUACUCGAAUGACGAUCGAGAUGUGCGGGGUAACAGUUGCGCCGGGAGACUUGGGCGCCCGAAGCCUUGAGUUUGAGAUCCCGGUCCCACCCCCGGAGCUAGAAAUCCCCCUCCCUUCGCCGAAUCGGCCGAGAGAAGUAGAGGUCAUGUUCCGUGCAAGACGGCGCGCGGAGACGCGUGAGAAUAGGAUGAAAAUCGGCGAGCAGCACAAGAAUGAGGGCAACGUUAAAUUCAGAGCUGGAGAUUAUCUAGGGGCAGCUUUGUGCUACCGAAAUGCAGCAAAGCAGGAUAGUCCGCGACCUGUGUACAUGGCGAAUCUCGCAGCGGCACUUUUGAAAUUGGAACGUUGGGACCUCGCUCAGAGCGCUGCAGGCAGAGCCCUGUACCACGACCCGAAGAACAAGAAGGCACGCUUUCGUCGCGCCAUGGCGCGCAAGCAUUUGAAGCGAUAUUACGGUGCCAAGCUUGACUUGCAGAAGUUUAUGUACCUCGACAUGACCAAGAUGAACGAGGAAGGAUUUCGCGAGUUCCAGAUACUCGACGAGCUCCAGGCCCAAGGGGACGAGGUCGAAUGGCCGCUCAACGCCGGAGAGGGCGAGGCCGAUGAAGAGGAGGAGUGGGUGGAAGUGGAGGAGUUACUAGACCCUGAAGAGUACAAACGCGCCAGUGACGCAGGCCCGUGCAGAGAAUACAACCACGAGGGCUGCUCGAAAGGCGAUGAAUGUCCGCGCGGACACACGCCAAUGGAGGUGAUAACCACUCGCGAUGAGCUUGGGCGCAAUGUCUGCAUGUACUGGCUCCUGGACACCUGUGAAAAAGGCGACGCGUGCGAGUACGCACACGACAAGACAUAUCUCCCUCCUUCCGGCUGGUGGACGGACGAGAAACGACAGGGCCGCAUCCGUGAGCACAUCGGGAGGAUGGUCGCGCUGGCUGGUCGGCCGUAUCCCGGAGUACGUCUUCUCAUGGACCUGAAUCCCAAGCCUUGGUUCUACGAGCCUUGGGCGCUGUAUCCCUAUGCUCCUACGACCGAGGAGAGGAAGGCGUGGGAGAGGCGGGGAAACUGGCCGCCGAAGAGCUACAUCUGGGGCGAGAUGUCGUACUAUGAAGUUGACCCUAGCGAUCCAAACGCAAUCGACCAACUCGAGAGCCGUAGACGCACUUAUGAUAAUGCUUGAAUGUCC